UUUAUGACACACAAUAAAGAAGAGCUCAGCGAUAGAGAUGUUACACAAGGAAUAGCUGCUCUCUUCACUGCCAGACGUCAUUAUACAAGCUGCACUGAUUGUGAAUUAUGGAAAAGAUGGCCUCAUUUUCCAUUUUAUUUAUUUUAGCUUGUCUGCAUGUCCACGAUGUACAGAGUGCUGUUGGUUCCACACCGAUAAACUGUGCAGCUGGAUCUAAUACCAAUGUAGGGAGCAUCCUGGAGGGAUAUACAGGUGAUGUAGAGAUUCUCACUAAUAUCAGACCAGAGGAUCGACUGGUGCUUGAGACAAAUCUUUUUCCUAUUGGUUUGGAAUUUGUGGAGCUGGUUUACUCUGAUGGAGACUCGACCGCUACUGUACGAACCAAAAAACCACUGGACGCUGAUGAACUAAAGCAGCAUGGAGAGAAAUUAUAUUAUUCAGUCACCUGCUCAAACACAGGGCUGAAAAACUUGCGGACAGUAGAUGUUCUGGACGUUAAUGACAACCCUCCGAUCUUCCAGAGCAAAACAUACAGCGCUACCGUGUCAGAGACGAUAGAUGUGGGUUCAACUGUGCUCAGGGUGAGUGCUGAUGAUGCUGAUGUGUCUGCAGACAACAACAGAGUUACAUAUUCUAUACUGCCUCCAGUACCAGGUAACUUUGAAGUGAGAGAUGAUGGUAACAUCAGGUUGACUAACCGUCUGAACUACAACAAUGCUCAACAGUACAUCUUCACCGUGGAAGCUAAAGAUAUAGGAGAAUUCAGUGACACAACAACAGUUACAAUAACGGUUAAAGAUUUUGACAAUCUAAACCCUUAUUUUGAUCACAGUCUCUACAAGGCAUCCAUUGAGGAAAAUCAGGUGGGACAAUUCUCAGACAUCACUCCUGAGGCCAUAAAAGCUCAAGAUGGUGAUACGGGAAUUAACGAGCCUGUAGUUUACAGCAUAACAGCAGUUGUUCCAAAUGAAUAUCAGAGCAACUUUGAAAUUGACCGAAGCAGUGGGGUCAUCUCUGUGACAACGGCACUAGAUAGAGAGAAAAUUGACCAGAUAACAGUUCACAUACAGGCAACUCAGGAGGAUGAUGCCAGUAAGACAGCAAACACUGUGGUAUCCAUCACCAUUGAGGAUGUGGAUGACAACUCGCCGAAAUUUGACAACGAUGAGUACACAGUAUCUAUUCCAGAGAAUUCACCACAGGACCAGUUUGUGCUUCAGACUAGAGUCACUGACCUAGACCUGGGAGGAUUUAUGGGAACACUGCAGAUUAUUCCAGACUCUGUCCCUUUUUCCAUCGGCCCUGAUGGAACAAUUCUGGUGAAAAGUUCUGCAGACCUAGACAGAGAGACCACAGCCAACUUCAGUUUUCAAGUUGAAGCACAAGAAAACCCUCCUUCCACCAACAAAGCAACAGCUGAUGUGACCAUUGUCUUGCUGGAUGAGAAUGACAACAGUCCACAGUUUACAACAUCCCAGUAUGAGGGCAAAGUUUUCAGCAAUCAGAGCAUUGGAAUGCAUGUUGUCAAGGUCAAAGCAACAGACCUGGAUACUGGUUCAAAUGGGGAAAUCAGCUACUCCAUUGAGUUUGGCAAAUGAGAAAGGUCAUUUUGAAAUUAAUGAGAAUGAUGGGGAGAUUACAUUAGUUAAAGAAAUUGUCUUGGAGGACAAUAAAAUCCUUGAGUUUCCACUCUAUGUGACUGCAAAGGAUGGGGGUGCGAUAAGCAGAUCAACUGCUGCAAUGGUGAAUGUCAAGGCACCUGGAAAGUCUGCUCCUCAGUUCCUUCAGAAAAUCUAUCGGGGCCAAGUAGAGGAGGAUCAGGCGGACGCAGAGAUCGUGAAG